GCCGCACCCUAGCGUGAGGGGGCGCGUGAUUUGCUGACGUCAGCGCGCAGGGGUUUGUGGGACGUAUUCCCGGUUGUUGUCGUCGGGUUUGGCAGCCGGGCUGCACAGUGCGGAGUGAGUAGGAGAAGGAAGGCGCAUACAGCAAAACUUUAGUCAGUUCCCUCGUACCGGCGGAUCCAGCAGGGGAAAUGUCUUUGAUCGGGAAGUUGUUCGGUACCGGGGGCAAGGGAGCCAAAGGCCCGAGCCCCCAGGAAGCCAUUCAGAAACUGCGGGACACGGAAGAGAUGCUGACCAAGAAACAGGAGUUCCUGGAGAAGAAGAUCGAACAGGAACUCGUCACGGCAAAGAAGCACGGCACCAAGAACAAGAGGGCCGCCUUGCAAGCUUUGAAACGUAAGAAGCGCUAUGAGAAGCAGCUGGCACAGAUUGACGGCACACUGUCGACCAUCGAAUUCCAGAGGGAAGCGCUAGAAAAUGCCAACACGAAUACAGAAGUUCUCAAGAACAUGGGCUUUGCAGCUAAGGCAAUGAAAGCUGCUCACGAUAACAUGGAUAUUGAAAAGGUGGAUGACCUCAUGCAAGACAUUGCUGACCAACAGGAACUUGCUCAGGAAAUCUCAGAUGCCAUUUCCAAACCAGUCGGAUUUGGAGAGGACUUUGACGAAGACGAGCUAAUGGCAGAGCUGGAAGAACUAGAACAGGAAGAAUUAGACAAAAAUCUACUGGAAGUCCAGGGUCCAGAGACUGUGCCUCUCCCAAACGUGCCUGCAGCCUCAUUGCCAGCAAAACCAGUCAAGAAAAAGCAAGAGGAGGAUGAUGAUGACAUGAGAGAAUUAGAAAACUGGGCCACUGCAUAGAUUUCCCAAGGUGGGCAUGAAGUUGCACAGAUAGACGCUAUGUAGCUUGUGGGAGUAGACACGCACACGUUGUGUAGGGGAACGACGGGGAUACAGGAACUGAACUUGAAAUAUCUCUCUAUUUGCCCAUCUUUUUCCUUUCUUUGCCCAAAUCCUAGCACGGGCUUUCUGAUAUGCAAACUGUAACUGCGGGAGGGAUGGCACCGUUUGACUGGAGAUUACAAAGCAUUGACCAGAUGUGGAACACACAGUUGUUCAGAGAAGUUCUCCGGCUGCUGCAAGCGCUGCUCCAACACCUCGCACAAUGGCGUCUCUAAUCCAUCUUAUCUUCCCCUCCCACUGCUUUGGUUUGUUCUCUUGGUAUGUUUGGGAGUAUGACAUCCGGAAAUAUUACUGUGAAGACACGUCUCUUACCUUAACUGUGUCCGUUUCCUCAGAAUGGAAGGGUCUGUAAAGGAUUGAAUAAAAACAUCCAUUAUAAUUGC